AAACGUUUGAGAAAAGAUAACUUUCUGAAGCGUUUCUUAUUUCUCGCAGCUACUGGAUUAAAGUGCUACCAAUGUCAAAGUACCACAAGUAUGGAGGACUGUGCUAAGAAUCAAAACGAGCAGGAUUGCAAGGGGGUUACUGAACCGCGCUGUUUCACAUCUACCAGAGAAUAUCUACAAAUUAAAGCAUAUGCAAAGUCCUGCACUCCCAAAGCUGUGUGUGAUGCGGCAGACUCGGGAGCUUUAAAACCUUGCAAAGAUGCAGGUGGUAAAUGCGAAUACAAGUGCUGCGAUGAAGACCUCUGCAACGGUGACAACAGCCCUGUCAACAGUGGUUCCACGCCUAUAGUCAGCAUCAUCCUAAUGGUGUCAUGCGCCACUGUGGGCUUCUUCCGCUUCUUCCAGAGUGUGCAGCAGUGA